AAGUAAACAACAAUUCCUUACUCUUUAAUUGUUUCUUUCAAAAAUUCGUUUGCACUUCGCACCUUUGCUCCUUUCUCUAACAUCAAUUCCAAGAAAAUCAGUGACCAACAAAUGUCAUCACCGGCUCCACCACCGGCCACCACCAACUCCGCCGUGCUCCGCCCAUGGCCGCAGUUCCUAGACCUUUCAGCUCUUAGCCUCCCCAUCUCCCUUUCCGAAUCCUCCUACCGUCUCACUCAGAAUUUCCGCUUUUUCUUCCCAAACUACGUUGUCCUUACUCUCCUCGUCUUCCUCCUCACCCUUCUCACCCGCCCCCUCACCUUGAUAUUCUUCCUAUGCAUUUUUGCCGCCUGGAUAUACUUGGUCUCGCGCGAUGAACCCCUCACUAUAUUGGAUUACGAUAUUGAUCAGAAAAUAAUUGUUGGGUUUCUCGUUGUGAUGACUUUGGUUGCACUUUUGUGGACCAAAGUUUGGUCCAAACUCCUGGUUGCUCUCAUUGUUGGGGCCGUGAUCGUGCUUCUUCAUGGGGUUUUGAGGUCGCCCGAGGAUUCUGUGGAGGAUUCGCCAUAUGGGUCGUUGCUUAAUGCUGUGGAUAGUCCCAGGGGGGAGUAUGCUAGUGUCUGAAAAUUAGGGUUCUUUGGAUUUCUGAUUUUUAGGGGCAUUUUAGUUUUGAAAUUUAGUUCUUUAUUCAUUUUCUAUGUUUACUGUUGCCAUUGUUCUGAUCACAAAUGUUGGAUUAAUGGGAGUUCCAUUUAGUUUUACAGAGUCUUGAUUUUUAUGUCAGGGGAUUGAAUCGAGCGUGUGUUACCCUAUAUGCAUAAUUCUUUUGCUUAUUUGUUUAA